CGAGUACGUACGCGAUGCGUCACGGUUGUCAAAUAAAUUACGUUAAGCACUUUGACCUUCGUACCCCAGAGUGGCAAAAUAUGUAAACAAAAUUGUGAUAUAAAUGCUUUUUGCUGGUUCAAAAACUUGUCAAUGGGUUCGUUUAAGGACAACCGUGAGGCGUUAGUACUGUCAUUUGACAAUGAAUUCAUCACCGAAGAUGAAUUUGUCUUGCUAUAUGAAGCAAAUAUUUCAAAAAAUUUGAUCUUCCCACAUCGAAAAUAUGACUGAUUCAACCUUGAGGAUAUGGACGAAGCAGAGUGUUUCUCUGAAUUUCGUGUUCAAAAGCACAAUGUGGUUCGCUUAGCCGAUGCCCUUGGUCUGCCAGAGAGUUUCACCUGUCCACAGAGAACGAAGGCUGGCCGAAUUGAAGGGCUUUGUAUAUAUUUGAAGCGCUUGACGUAUCCAUGCAGGUUGAGCGACAUGAUUCACCGCUUUGGCCGUGCUGUUCCAGAGUUGAGCAUGAUCUCUUCCAAUGUCGAGCACUGGAUUUACAGGCAUCACCAUCAAAGAAUUACACAGUGGAAUGAAGCUCUGUUAAACAGUGAUGCUCUCCAGUUCUACGCUGAGGCCAUAUCCCAGGCAGGAGCCGCUUUAACCAACUGUUUUGGUUUCAUCGACGGUACAGUGCGGCCUAUUUGUCGACCAGGGGAUAACCAACGCGUCGUUUAUAAUGGGCACAAACGCGUCCAUGCGUUGAAAUUUCAAUCUUUGACUAUCCCAAGUGGGAUUAUUGCCAAUCUCUUUGGUCCUGUAGAGGGGAGAAAACACGAUGCUUCUAUGUUGAGGGACUCUAACUUGCUGACAACCCUUGAAGAACAUGCCUUUUCCCCAGUUGGAGAACCGAUGUGCAUCUAUGGUGACCCUGCAUAUCCAUUACGGGUACACCUGCAGGCACCAUUUCGCGACAGGGUCUUAACUCCACAGAUGCAGGCCUUUAACCAGUCUAUGAGUUCUGUUCGUGAAUCUGUGGAUUUUUGGAGAUGUCAUUUGUACAUUUAAAUUUUUAGACUUCAAAAAAAAUCUAAAGAUUGGCUUAAGCUCAGUGGGGAAGCAUUAUAUUGUAAGCUCACUUCUAAGAAAUGCAAUAACUUGCUUA